CAAAAAUUUGCUCGCUCCAAUUUCUUUUUCAUACUCCACUUUGCAGGGUGGUAUAAUACGACGCCUACGAGCAGAAUCAGACUAUUCUUCCACAUAUACGUACACUCAAAAGUAACAAUGUCUGCUUACCCAUGGUACACCAGAGUCCUUGAUUUGGCCCACAGAGCCACCGUCACUGUUUUGGCCGGUGGUACCGUCUAUAUGUUGGGUGGUUUGGGAUACAUCCUCUGGGCCAACAACGACCCAGUCAAGUACGAGUCCGCGAUUCCAUCCCAGCAGCAGUUGGAGCAGCUCAAGGAAUCCUCCAUCCCAAAGAACUUUGAUGAUGCCCUUGCAGAAAAGAAAUGAGCGAAAACCUCGACGUGGCCAAUAAAGCAGACGUAACUCGGAGGUUUCCAAAUUGGUGAUCGGUACCUCUCUGGCAAUAAUCCACCAAAGUUAGCCAUAGUGACUUUAAUGUCUCUUUAUUUCCAUUCCUUUCACGGACCUGUACAUAUCACAAUAUAACAUUUAUUCGGAACAUCUUAGUCUCCUAUUUGGGCUUUCUCUAAGUUUUAUGCACUCUCAACUAUGCGUAUCACUUGAUAUCGUUCGAAAUACCUUUUAUUUGGAGUCUUCCAUUUGGGUUGGUCAGCAUUUAUCAUUUUUGUGUACCAUAAUAUCAUUCCCUAAAAUAGCUUGGUGUGCAAGUCUUUCUGCAUUCGGGACACGGUACUGAAUUAUAUCGUUCUUUCUCUAAGUUUGAUUUAUGAUUUGACAUCUUUUCAAAU